AUGUUUUAUAAUGGUGAAGAAAUUAUAAGGGACGAAAAUAAAUUUAGAAAUGAUCGUCAAUUUCUUGAUAUAGAAAAGAUAUCAGAAGAUGAUGCAGGACAUUAUACAUGUAUUGCUAUUAAUGAUGGUGGAUCGGCAGAAAAAGAUAUAAUAUAUAGUAUUCUUAAUGCUCCUAAGAUGAUAGAAAAAGAAAAUUUUGUUGAAGGGAAGGAAGGAAAUACCACUACAUUUAUCUGUCCAUUACAUGAAGAUAAUGCGGAAAUUGAGUGGUUUAAAAAUGAUAUACCAGUUAAAAAUAUUCCUGGUUCUAAUUUUCAAAUUACUAAAAAUGGUAAACAUUUAACUAUCAUAAAGAUUCAAAAGAAUGAUGGCGGUAAAUUUCAUUGUUUGGCUAAAAAUGCAGCUGGUGAAGAUAAUGGAAUAUUUAAUUUUAAAGUAUUAAUUCCUCCAUCAAUAACUGGUCCUUCAUUUAGAACAAUUGAUAAUCCAAUUAAACAACCAACAACACUUAAUUGUAAUAUAUCAGGUAUUCCAUUUCCUGAAAUAGAAUGGCUUUUAGAUGGUAAUCCACUUAUAACUGAUCAUGGAUAUGAAAUUAAAAAUAAUGGAAAGACAUUAUUUAUUCCUAUAACAGAUACCAUACAUAAAGGUCGUUAUACAUGUAAAGGAUAUAAUAAAAUAGGAAAUAUUGAAGCAGAUUUUCUUUUACAAGUUACAGAACCACCUGUUAUCAAACCAAUGUUAAAAGAACAAAAAGUUAUUGAAGGACAAGGUAUUACUAUACGUUGUGAAGUUGAAGGAUCUAAACCAUCUAAAGUUGAAUGGAGAAAAAAUGGUGAACCAUAUUCUUCAGAAUUAACACAUUCAUCAUCAUUUAUGCAUUAUAUAUAUAUUAAAGAAACAAAAUUAGCAAGUUCAGGAAAUUAUACAUGUAUUGCAUCAAAUUUUGCUGGUUCUGUUAAUGAUACAACAAAAUUAAUUGUCCUCGUACCACCAUCAAUUAUUGAGGGUGAAAAAAUUAUACAAUUAAAAGAAUAUCAAGAUAUGACUUUAGAUUGUACAGCUAAUGGAAUUCCACCACCUAUUAUUAAAUGGAAAAAAGGUGAUAUUCCAUUAGAUGUUAUUGGUGAAAAAUUAAAUUUAUAUAAUGUAAGCCGUAAUGAUAAUGGAAGAUAUACCUGUGAGGCAACAAGUGAAUCAGGAAUUGCUGUUACUGAUUUUAUUGUUGAUGUUUUAGAAAAACCUAGAAUUCGCCAAUCCCCAUCUGAUAUACGGGUUAAAGAAACUAACAUUGCUAAAUUUGAAUGUAAAAGUGAUGGAAAUCCAACACCUUCUGUUACAUGGCUUCGUGGUGGUAGACCAAUACAAGAUACCUCAGAUUUGUUAUUCUCUCCACGAGGUGAAACAAUGAUGAUUCCACAUGCCCGAAAAUCUGACUCCGGAAGAUAUUCAUGUGUUGCAAAAAAUAGUGGUGGUGAAACUGAAAAAGAAUUUACCUUAACUAUUCUUACUGCUCCUAGUAUUGAAGAGUCAAUUGAUCAAAAUCCACGAGUUAUUCAUGGAAAUGAUCUUGUUAUUAGUUGCCCAGCAAUAGGUAACCCUAAACCUAAUAUUAUAUGGUUUAAAAAUAAUGAAGAAAUAAUUUUUGAAAAAGAAACUAAAUAUACAUUAAUAAAUAAUACAAAUUUAUUUAUUAAAAAUGCUGAUAUUAAUGAUGGAGCUAAAUUUACCUGUAAAGCAGAAAAUGAAGUAGCAUCAAUAGAUACUGAUUACUCAGUUGAAAUUAUUGCUAAACCUAAAUUUGGAUCUAAAGGUCAAAAGUCAUAUAAUGUUGUUGUUAAUAAUGAUGUUACAAUGGAAUGUCCUCUUGAUGUACCUAAACCAGAAUUUUCAUUCUUUGGUUUUAAAAGAAAAAAUGAAUUCAAGGUGACUUGGACAAAGAAUGGUGAGGUAAUUAAUAAUGAAAAAGGAAAAUAUUAUAUUUCAAAAGAUAGUUUGAAGUUAACAAUUCAUAAUGCUAAAUUAACAUCAGCAGGAAAGUAUAGUUGUGAGGUGUCUAAUGAAGCUGGUGAAGCUGAAAUUGAUAUAAAUUUAAAAGUACUAGUACCACCUAAAAUUGAUAAAUCAAAUUUAAUUCAAAAUCCAUUGGCAAUAUUAAAUAAGACAAUAUCAUUAGAAUGUCCAGCUAGUGGAAUUCCACAACCAACAGUCACAUGGCUUCGUGAUGGUGUAGUUAUUGUUUUUGAAGAUGACAAAUAUACAGAAGAUGGAAAUGGACAAAUUUUGAAUAUUAAAAAAGUAGAUAUUAGUGAUCAGGGUAAAUAUUCAUGUUUAGUUGAAUCGACGGCUGGUAAAACUUCUGAAGAUUUUGAUUUACAAGUUUUAAUUCCACCUCAAAUGGAAAGUUAUGAAACACAACAUAUUAAUAAGAGAGAAGGUGAAGUUUUAACAUUAGUCUGUCCAAUUAAAGUUCCAAUUGAACAGAAUGUUCCUAUUGAUAUUGUUUGGUAUAAAAAUACAAUACCAUUAGAUCCACUUUCAAGUAAUCAUUUCAAAUUAUUAUCUGAUGGAAGAAGGUAUCAAGUUUUGUCUGCAUCGUUCUUUGACACAGCAAAUUAUACCUGUCAGGCAGUGAAUCGUGCAGGAGAAGCAAAAGCAAAUUUUGAAGUGAAUAUAUUAUCUAAACCAAUUAUUGAUACAACAAAAAUUGACCUAGAACCUCAUUUCUUUGAAAAUUCUGAUGUUGAGUUGUGGUGUCCAACAUCUGGUAAUCCACCACCAACAAUUACUUGGUAUAAAAAUGGUAUCGAAGUUGAUCCCUCAAAGGAUGAUAGAAUUAAAAUCUCACCUGAUAAAUCAACAAUUACAAUCAGUAAAGUUAAUGCUAAUGAGGCAGGUUCAUGGGUCUGUUUGGCGGAGAAUGAUGCUGGAACAUCAGAAUUAGAAAUUACACUAGAUGUUUGGAUUAAACCAUCAGCUGAAGUUUAUAGUGAUACUGGUGUUAUAAGAAAAGUUGGAAGUCAAGUAUCAAUACAUUGUAAUGUUACAGGAAACCCAGAACCUGAAAUUAUUUGGAGAUUUAAUGGAAAUAUUAUUUCAUCUUCUGUUGAUGGAAUAAGAUUAUCUUUAAAAAAUACAAGACUUGAUAUUCCUCGAUUAUCACAAAGUAAUGUUGGUGAGUAUAGUUGUCAUGCCACAAAUUCAGUUGGAUCAGCUGAAAAAGAUAUAUGGGUGGAUGUUUUAGUUCCUCCAACAAUUGAUAGAGAUAUAGCUGAUCCAAAUCCUCGAAUACCAACAGAAAAAAAUCUUACAUUAACAUGUUUAGUUGAUGGUAAACCAGAUCCAGAAAUAUCAUGGUAUUUAAAUGGAAGUAUAAUUAGUCCAUUUGACAAAAGAUAUUCAAUAUCAGAAGAGGGUAGAUAUUUACAAAUAUUUAAUAUAACAUUAUUGGAUUCUGGUAUAUAUAAAUGUGAUGCAGUUAAUGAAGCUGGACAUGAUGAAUUUGAAUAUUAUGUUGAUGUUGACCAGGCACCAUUUAUAUAUAAUAGUGGAACUGUUAAAGUUGAGGAAGGAAAAGUAUCUGUUCUUGAAUGUAAGGCUAUUGGUGAACCAACACCAAAAAUUACCUGGCAACGUAAUGGAGUUCACGUUGAAAGUGGUGAAAGAUAUAUUGUUAAUGAUGGAAUACUUAAAAUUAUUGAUACCCGUUUAACAGAUAUUGGAAUUUAUAUUUGUUUUGCAGAAAAUGAAGCAGGUCAGGAUCAGCAAGCUUUUACAUUAGAAAUAUUAAUUAAACCAAGUAUAAGAGAAUCAUCACCUCCAGAAACAAUUGUUGCUACAGGAGGACAAUUUGAUUUAUAUUGUAUACCAAAUGGUUAUCCUCAACCACAAAUAACAUGGUUUUUAAAUGAUGAAAAUAUGGAAUUAUUAGGGAACGAUCCUAAUAUUGACUUUUCAAUUGAUAACGAAAUAUUAACUGUUAAACAUUUACAUUCAAGUGGAACUCAUAUUUUUAAAUGUCAAGCAACUAAUAAUGCAGGAAAAGAAUCAAGAGAAAUGUCUGUAAAAGUACUACUUCCACCUACUCUAGUGUCAGAUGAUAAAAAAGUACUUAAUAUCACUGAAGGGGAACCUGCACUUUUGGCAUGCGAUAUUCAUGAAACAUAUCGUGAUAGUAUUAUAUGGACAAAAAAUAACGAAACAAUAAACUUUGAUAAUAAUAUUUUCCUUUCAACUGACAAUUCAUUUAUUCAAAUAAACAAAACAAAAUUGUCAGAUGCUGGUAAUUAUAAAUGUUCAGCAUCAAAUGCUGCAGGGCAUACACAACAAGAAAUUUUAUUAAAUAUAGGAAUACCGCCUAAAAUAUCUGAAAAAGAAAGAUUAAUAACAUUCAAAGUUGGGGAACGAGGAGAAAUAUGGUGUGAAGCAACCGGUGUACCAAAUCCAAAGAUUACAUGGCUUAAAGAUAAUGAACCAUUAAUACAUACUGCAAUUGAUAAAAUGUCAGGUGAAAUAAAAUCUUCAGCAAUAUUUGAAAGUAUUACUAUAGCAUCAGAAGGUACUUAUACAUGUAAAGCAGAAAAUUGGGCUGGAACAAUUUAUAAAGAUUUUGAUUUAGCAGUAUUAAUACCACCUACAAUUUAUCCUGAAAGACUUAAUAUAACAUCACGUAAUGGAAAUAUUGUUUUAUUGGAAUGUAAUGCUACUGGAAAUCCAAUACCUGUAAUAUCAUGGGUAAAAAUACCAGGUGUUAAUAUUACUGGAAGUGAAGGAAAAUAUAAAGUUUUUGGAUCAACACUUGCUAUAAAUAAUGUAACAUCAGAUGAUGAUGGUUUUUAUCAUUGUAGUGCUAAAAGUGAUGCUGGUUUUGCUAUAGGUGUCAGAAAGUUAUCAGUUAUAGGUAAUGAAAGUAAAAAUAAAUUAGUUCAUGUUGAGUGUGAUGAGAAUGGUGAACCAAUUUCAAAACGUUUUGUAAGUAAUAGAGGUGAUGCACCAGAAAAUUCUGAUUUAAUAGAAAUGCAAUUAGAACAUAUACAAUUACCAGAAAAUAAUACAGAUGGUGUUAUAAUUCGUUGCCUACCGGGAAGAUUUAAUAGAAAUCCAUUAUUUAAAUAUGCCUCAGUUUUAUUUAUUGAAACACCAGAACAUACAAAUGUUAGUAUUGGAGAGAUACUAGAGUUAAAAUGUAGUGCUGAAGGUAUGCCAACACCGGAGAUUAAAUGGAUGAAAAAUGGUAAAUAUGUUAAUAAUACACUUCCAGCAUACGGAAAUUCAAUACUAAAAAUGGAAAUUAAACAUGUUAAUCAAUCCGGAACAUAUACAUGUAUUGCAUCAAAUUCCAUCUCAACAAAACGUGUUAAUGCAAUUAUAACAGUAAAUGAUUUACAUGAAAAAAAUAAGACUGAUAUUAAAUUUUCCAAAGAACUAACUACAAUUGAGUGUAGUUUACCAAAGUGGAAACGAAGUUUAAGAAAUAAAAAAUCUAAAAAAAAUGUUGUAUGGAAAAUGGAUAAUGAACUUGUAGAUCAAAAUUCAAAAGGUGUUCAUCUUUUAAAUAAUAAUAGUCUUGUAGUUGGAUAUAAAGCAGAAAAAGAGGAAUUAAUUAAAUAUAUAGAUUGUUAUAUAGAUGGAAAUCAUGGUACAUUAAAAUUAUCACAUGUUAAGGUACCAAAAGAUAAACCACCAAAAGUUGUCAUUAGGCCUACAAGAAUUCAUGCUAAACCUACAUUUAAUAUAACUAUUGAUUGUAGAUUAAAAAGAGGAAAUCCAUUAACAACAAGAAUACGAUGGAGUAAAAAUAAUAUUCCAAUAAUAUCAGAUGAUUAUAAAUAUAAAGUAUUAUCUAAUAAUAGUUUAGCUAUAUUUAAUAUUGAAUCAAAUGAUGGUGGUGAUUAUAAAUGUCGAGGAUUUAAUCCAUUAGGUAAAAGUUGGGAUGGUGUAAAAUUAAUUGUUGAACAUGGACCAACAAGUGUUAAAUCUACAAUUAAAAAUGAAGCAUUAACAUUAAAACAUGACAUUGAGUAUGGUGAAGAUGAAAUUGAUAUAACAACUUUUGUUGAAGAUCUUAUUGGAAAUAAAAGUAAAUUAAGUAAAAAUAUUGCUGGUAUCAUAUCUGCACCAUAUCCAUUAUUAAGUAAUGGUAAAGAUAUGCCAAAUAUAAGAAAAACAAAAGGUAAAUUUAAUAGAACAACACAAUACUUUUUUGAGAAUGGUCAAAAAGUUACUGUAAAUCAGAAAGGAAAAGGUUUAGAUAAUAAAGAUAUACUUGAUAUGGAAACAGAUAUUGAAGGUAAUUUACCACAUUCAGAAUAUGAAUAUCUUUAUUUUAAUCCAUUGGAUGUUGAGAUGUUUGAAUUAGAACCUGGUGUAUAUAUUGGAAAUGGACAAAGUAUGGUUACAUUAAAUAAUAAACAUAAAAUUGGUUUUGAAUGGAAGGAUGAAAUUAAGUAUGAUCCUGAUUAUGAAGAUAGAAUAAAUAUGAAUGAUAUGAAAACUACAUAUAUAACAGCAACUCCAUCUAUUGGUUUAAAAAAAAAUAAAAUAAAUACAAAAUUUGAGACAAAAGAAGAUUGUCCAAAAGGAUUUAAUUUAAUUAAUGGUAAAUGUGAAGAUAUUGAUGAGUGUCUUGAAACUGAACCAUGUGAUGAUCCAGAGGCAGAAUGUAUUAAUUAUGAAGGUUCAUAUGAAUGUAAAAUAUCUUGUCCUAGAGGUUUUUCAUCAAAAUUAGAUGGUACAUGUGUUGAUAUUGAUGAAUGUGCUAUUGGACCAAAUAUUUGUUCAGGUAAUAAAGAAUGUAUUAAUUUAGAAGGAUCAUAUAAAUGUAUUGAUAAAUGUGAAGAUGGAUAUGAAUUAAAUAUAUAUGAUAAAUGUGUUGAUAUUGAUGAAUGUUCAUUAAAUAUGUGUGGACAAUCUAUGUCAUGUACAAAUACAUUAGGAUCAUAUAUAUGUACAUGUCCAGAAGGAUACCCACCAACUAAUGAUGGAUGUAGUGGUUUGGUAUUUGAUGUAGAAAGACCAGUAUAUAAUAUUGAAUUUAAUGAUUCACAAUCAUUUAAUAAAUGUCCAUCUAAUUAUUGGUGGAAUGGAACAAUAUGUAAAGAUAUAGAUGAAUGUUCAUUUGAUGCUCCAUGUCAACAUCAAUGUAUUAAUUUAGCAGGAACAUAUACAUGUUCAUGUCCAGAUGGAUAUAGAUUAGAUGAAAAAAGUCUUAAAUGUAUUGAUAUAAAUGAAUGUCUUGAGAUACCAAAUUUAUGUUCAUAUGAUUCACUAUGUAUUAAUAUAUUAGGAAGUUAUCAUUGUCAAAGUUCACCAUGCCGUAAAGGUUAUAUUUUUAUGGAUAAUUUUUGUAAACCUAAAUGUCGUGGACCAUGUGGUAUUAAACCAAUAAAAAUUGAGACAAUUAGUGCUCGUAAAGGAUUACCAAAAAAUACUCCAUUACUUCGUCUAACAACUCAAGAUAAAGAUGGUCAUAUAAUGAAAAAUACUGAUUACCAUAUGUCUUAUCAUUAUAAAUAUAGAAUUGAAAAUAUUGAUGGUAAAGGUAUAGUAUAUAAUAAUGAACAAUUAAAUGAAGAAGAUAUACAUCGCCUAGUUAUAACAUCUACACCAAGAGAUAUCAACAAUAAUACAAUUAUCAAUAAAAUACAACAAACAGUUCUUUAUAUAGCUAUCUCAGCUUAUGACUUUUAA